AGUAGUUGCAGAUCUAAUGCUGUCCAAUGCAAGUACUAAUGCUUGUACUGAUGUUGAUAGCUAUAGAAAAGAAAUGAAGGCAUUGGUGACUACUGCAACAGAACAACUUAACCUAUCAACAGUUAAAGUUGGUCCUUUAUUAUCAAACUUAUGUAAAGUACUCAUAAAACAUAAAGUAAAAUUGGAAUCAAAUUUUGCGUCAGUGAUGUUAGCAGUGAUGGUAGUUGAGGGUCUUGGACGAUCCCUUGAUCCUCAGUUAGAUAUACUUGCAGCUGCUACACCAUUCCUUUUAAGGAAAGCUGCCAAAGACUCACUGAAGACUCUCAUGAACAAAGAAAAGGACAAAUAGUAGCAGUACAAUCAAAGUUGUGUGUACUCAAGUAUCUCUCAUUUAUAAUUACUAAAGACAGACUGUUAAUUUAUGAUCUAAAGCCUCAAACUCUGUAUGACUGAUUUGUGUUUAUUCUGUGAUGAGUUGUUUGUGUGGAUCUGUACCCCUGAAGUGUCUCUAAUAUAUUUAUUGUUAUUGUUCAUCCAUUAUUUACUCUCAUUUCAGUUUAUCUGUGCAUAAUUCAUGGGGACCUGCUUUUGCAUUAAUGGCUGCCGUAAUAAUUUUAA